AUGGACCCCCUCUCCGAUCCUCGACAUGCCGUGCUGGCAAAUCAAGAUCUCUUAAAUGAGAUCUUGUACUUCCUGACAUACGACGGGUCGAACAGUGAAGGGUCUAGCGAUGGAGACUCACCCGAUUUCCAGUACUGUCUACGGGACCUCUAUGCAGUUUCACGGGUAUGCAGGGCUACUGUGGACGUCGCCCUAACACGCCUUUGGGGCGAUCUUCCGUCAUUGAUCCCCCUACUCUCCUUGAUUCCAGGGUUUGAUAAGGUGGAUAAUCUCUAUGUAAGUGCUUCAUCCAUUGGUCGAAUGAAGCGGCCUGACCCAGCGGACGACGAAUACCAGUACCUCCGAUCGCCCCGAGGAGAACUGCAUGACCUAACCCGAUUCUCCUAUUACGCCCGCCGAAUCCGACGUAUCCAUAUCCAAGGCUGGACCGACUCCCUCUCAUCGCAAGUGUACUUCGCAUUCCAACGACUCCACGAUUCCUCCGACUCGCCUCUCUUUCCUUUACUUGAAAGCGUCUCCCUCAAACGACUCAGCGAAACAUCACUGCUAUAUUUCAGCCUUUUCUUCUCGUAUCCACUCCAUUCAGUCGACAUAAUUCCCAAGCCGACUCAACAUCUUGGAGUUAUGAUUGAUAUCGACGACUUCUUCCGGACUGUCCUUCUCCAGUUGCAGGAUUGUGGCACUUCUCUCACCCAUCUGCACCUAGAGCUCCCCGCGAGAUCUCUCUCCAAUAUUUUAUCCUUUGGGAGGGACAUCCGUUUCCAGUCGGAGAGCUUGCGAAUUCUGCGCGUCGGUUCCAAGUCUAGUCAAGGAACGUGUGCGGCAUCGAUCAUCUUCCACUCGCUGACUCCGAUCAGCUCUCCAGCACCAGUCUUUGACCUGUUCAGAGCGCCUCGAUCGCUCACGGAGAGUGAACUCACUCGACUUAUAAUCCCUGUUUUGAAGGGAGGCUCCACGACAGUUCAAAUUUGCGGUGAUGCCGAGAUCCUUCUUCGCAAAAUCCCCUCUCAUUUCUACGGCGGAAAUUGUACGGAAUUAGACGUUAGGCUUAUGGGUGGGGAGGGUAACGGGCCUUCGGAGAUGGAGACCCUUUUCACCACAAUUGCAGAGAGAACCGUGUAUUCUCUCCGGAAGCUAACCGUCAGGUUGCCUGCUGGUCACCCGAUUAACGCCAGUUUCCUCCCAAUCGUGAUGAAGACCAGCGCCGAGGAGGUAAAUUUAUCGGGGCAGGUAUCUUUGGACAAGGACGGCACGGGAAUGGAUGUCAUUGUACAAAAGAUUCUCCAAAGAGUGUUGGAGAGGAAGAGUGUUCGCGUCCUCCGUCUCCCAGAACCCCUCUCUCAUCCAUGCACUCUUGUAAGUCUCGAACUGCUCUCCCAAAUCCCAGCACUCAAAACACUACGCCUACCCAUCGACUCUUCCCUCACACCGCAAUCUUUCUACCACGAUAUGGCCAGUCUUCCGAGUCUCAAGCCGUGCAACUUCAUACGCCAUCUCGAAAUUCGCGAACUUGGAUCUACCCCUCUUCCGGCCGCCUCAUACAAGGAUAUGGCGUUAUAUUUGAACCGCCUGGUCCCAAAUUUGAAGGACCUCAAGGUGAUGGGGGAUGUCGGAGAUUCGAUUCAGUCCUGGAUGGAGGUCGAGGAGCUGCGAGUAAAGUACAAACGACAUGGGGUUUCUCGAUAG